AUGUCGUUACACAAAUCAAAACAGUCUAAUGAAGAUUGGGGCUGGUUACGUGAUACGGAGUCAACUUCAUCUGAUGAUAUAUCUAUCAAUGGAAUUGGUGUAGUUGCUAUACAUUUACAUCAAUUAAUAAUUAAUAAACCAUUUCAUUUAAUAAAAGAUAAUAAUAAUCAACAAGAAAUAAAUAUCGAUACAUUUCGUAUAUGUAUUAGUGGAUAUGCUUUAAGUCGAUAUUCCAAAACUGUACGUGUUUAUUCAACUGAAAAACAAGAAAAUAUUGCACGAUUUGAUCAAACAAUGCAUAUGAUAAUUCGUAUUUAUGAUAAACGUCAUGAUAAACGACAUCUUAUUCAUGUUAUUCUCUAUGGUUAUAUAAAUGAAGAAAAACGAUAUGGUUUAAUUGCUGAUCAAGUUAUUGAUAGUAUUAAACUUGUAUCAGUUCGACAUAUUAGCGAAGCUGUUAUAUUUGAAAGUUCUAUUGAUAUUUUUGGAAAAGCUACAUUAUUAAUUGAAUUAAUUUUUGUAUAUGGUAGACAUGGUUAUAAUUUUAGUUCACAACUUAUUUUUCAAAAUGAUUUUCAUUUUUCGAAUGUUGUUAAAAAUCAAACAUUAUUUGAACGUAUUCUUCCAACUAAUGAAGAUAAUACAACUAAUGAAAAAUUAUUUCAUCCACCAGAAAAUGAUUUACCAAUAUUUUUACAAUUAUCAUUUGAUGAAUUGAAUCAAUAUGUAGCUAAUAUAACACAUAAUCAUCAUUCUAGAGAUCUAAUAAAAAAUAUUCGAGUUCUCAAAGCAUUAUCAACAAGUUCAAAAUAUUCAUCUAUGACAGCAAUUAUUGAAAUGUAUCCAUCAAGAAAACAACGUUUAGAUAUAUUUUUUGAUUUUUUAACUGAAGGUCCAUAUUUACCUGAACAAAAUAUUAUUGAACCAACUGUUUCACGUUUAAUUCCAUGGAGUAUAACUUAUUGGAAACGAGCUUUAUCAGGUGUACCUUUACAUGGAAGUGCUUUGGACAUGAAUGAAUUUCAUAAUAUUGAGACUGGUAUAACACAUCUUGGAAAUACAUCACCUAUUCUUCGUCAAAUCAUCGAACAAGAAGAAGAAUGUAAUACAAUCAAAUUAAAUACAAUAAAAGAACUUGUUCGUCGUGUAAUUAUCUUGUUUUCCAAUCUUAUUCAUCAUUAA